AUGGUCAUGGGUCAUUUACAGUCAUCUGGCCUAAAAUUUCUACGGGUUUGGGGUUUUAACGACGUUAACUCUGAUCCUGGCUCUAGCAAAGUGUGGUUUCAAAAGCUUGAAAACGGUCAGCAAACAAUUAACACUGGCUUUAAUGGGCUACAGCGUCUUGAUUAUGUCGUGAAGUCUGCUGAAGCCCAUGGCAUCAAGCUAAUCAUUCCUUUUGUCAACUACUGGAAUGAUUACGGUGGUAUGAAUACAUAUGUUAACAGCCACGGCGGCAACCUGACUGAAUGGUAUACAAACACUGCUGCACAAAGUGCUUUUCAGAAUUACAUUAAGGUUGUUGUUGGUCGCUAUAUUGGAUCUCCCGCCAUCUUCGCCUGGGAGCUGGCCAACGAACCCCGCUGCCGUGGGUGCAGCACAGAUGUGAUCUACAACUGGGCUAAGACGACGAGUGAAUUUAUCAAGACGCUUGAACCUAACCGCAUGGUGUGUAUUGGUGACGAGGGCAUGGGUCUUACAACAGGUUCAGAUGGCUCCUAUCCCUACACGUUCUAUGAAGAAAAUGACUGGGAAAAGACUCUGACAAUUCCCACCAUUGAUUUCGGAACUUUCCACUUGGAGCGAACAAGGUUCAUGGGGCUCUUCAUGGGUCACUACUCACGGAACAGCCUGCAAGGCCGCUGGGAAACCAUGCCUCUUCGAAGAGUACGGUUCGGAUACCCACCCAAUGAGGCCCCCUGGCAAACUACUGCCAUCGGUAGCGUUGCUGCCGAUUCCUUCUGGCAGUGGGGUGAUACCCUGAGUUCCGGUAACUCUCCUAACGAUAAAUAUGCCAUCUACUAUGGUAGCAGCGACUACACUACGCUCGUUACGAACCAUGUUGCAGCCAUCAAUGGGGCAGCUUAA